AUGGGAGAUAUAACAGAUUCUUCUGAUUCUCGGCCUCUUGUAUCUCUUCCAGCCAAUUCCAAUCAUCAUCAUGAUUUGAUGAAUGUCCAGUUGUUGCCAACUAAGCUUGAUGGCACCAAUUAUCUGGCUUGGUCUCAUUUUGUGAGAUUAUAUAUUACCGGUAAAGGUCGGAUUGGAUAUUUGACUGGAGAGAAGAAGCAACCAGAUAAUACUGACCCAAAGUUCAUAACAUGGGUUGAAGAAGAUGCUAUGCUUAGAUCAUGGCUUCUCCAGGCUAUGACCCCGGAUAUUAGUCUUGGCUAUAUGUGUCUCGACUCCGCUCAUGCUAUAUGGGAUGCGGUUUCUCAAACCUAUUCUGAGGGAGGUUGUGAUGCCCAGAUUUAUGAAUUGAAACGUCGGAUCCAAGCCACUACUCAGCAAGGUAAGACGUUGGAGACAUAUUUUAAUUCACUCCAGGCUUUAUGGCAGGAACUUGAUUAUUAUCAGCCGUGCGACAUGAAGUGCUCUAACGAUACUGCUGCGUUGAAAAAACGGAUCGAGAAGGAACGUACUUUUGAGUUCUUGGUUGGUCUUAAUCCGGAUUUGGAUCAAGUGAGAACACAGGUGCUUGGAAAGGAUCCUUUUCCCUCUUUGCGUGAAGCCUAUGCAUAUGUGCGUACGCAAGCUCUCCGUCGAUCUGCUAUGGUUAUACCACCCUCGUUAGAAGGGUCUGCCUUGAUUUCUACAGCAAACCAUUCGGUUUGGGCGCCACCGGUACAUCAAUCUAGUUCUUCAGCUGCUGUCUCAUCUGGUAAUGUUGCUAAGAGUUCGAAAUCUGAUGAUAAGGAUGCUUUGAAAUGUGAUUAUUGUCAUCAGACCAAGCAUGUGAGAGAGCAAUGUUUCAAGCUCAAUGGUUAUCCACCUUGGUGGCCUGGCAAGAAGGGUGAAAAAGCUGAAGGCAGCAAGGGAGGAGGUGGAAAAGGGGGCCGUUCCAGCUCCAGAGCCUAUCACACAUCUUCUAGUGAUCAGAAUGACCAAUCUACCUCUCAACUCUCUUCUGCUCAAAUGGAACAAAUCGUUCAAGAGUGUGCUCGCUUGCUCUCUGAUAAAGGAUCUAAAGGGGCUUCCGGUUCCUUAGCCACCUCCUCAGGUAACUUUGGUUGUUGUCUUAGUGCAUCUGGUAAGUCUUUCUCAGACUCUUGGAUUAUAGAUACAGGGGCAACUGAUCACAUGACCUCUAAACUUGAUUUCUUCUCUCGUUAUUCAUCCCCUAGUAAGACUUGUGUUACCACUGCCGAUGGUUCACCCACUCCUGUGGUUGGUGAAGGCUCUGUUUUUCUUUCGAAUUCUCUGUCCCUCUCAAAUGUUCUCCAUGUUCCUGGAUUGUCUAACCAUUUAUUGUCAAUAAGUCAGCUUACUAAAUCUCUAAAUUGCUUUGUUACCUUUUAUGACACUCAUUGUGUAAUUCAGGAUCAACGGACCGGGGCAACGAUUGGUCGUGGUAGUGAGAAAGGGGGCCUUUAUCUCUUGGAUGACCCAGCUGGCUAUACUAGUUCUCCCACAGUUCAUGCUCUUCAGUCCGCUACUGACUCAUCCAGGGACAUUUGGUUAUGGCACAAACGAUUGGGACACCCAUCAUUUAUCUAUUUACAAAAAUUGUUUCCUUCUUUAUUGUCUUCGGUUGAUCUUUCUCAAUUUAAGUGUGAAAUAUGCGAACUUGCUAAGCACCACCGUGUUUCUUAUCCAUUAAGUAUUAAUAAAAGUUUUGCACCUUUUGCUCUUGUCCAUAGUGAUGUUUGGGGUCCUUCUCGUGUGUCAAAUUUGUCCAAUUCCAAAUGGUUUGUCACAUUCAUUGACGAUUAUUCCAGACUUACUUGGGUUUAUUUGAUGACUGACAAAAGUGAGGUUUUCUCUAUUUUUCAGUCCUUUCACCAAAUGAUCCAUACACAAUAUAAUUCUAAGAUUAAAGUCUUCCGCUCAGAUAAUGGGGGUGAGUACAUCAAUUCUGGUCUCAAAACCUAUUUUUCGGAUCAUGGCAUUAUUCAUCAAAGAUCUUGCAGCUAUACCCCUCAGCAGAAUGGAGUAGCUGAACGGAAAAAUCGCCAUCUUCUAGAAGUUGCUCGUUCCCUUCUUCUUUCCAUGUCUGUACCAAAGUCUUAUUGGGGGGAGGCUAUUCUUACAGCUGCUUAUUUGAUCAAUAGGAUGCCUUCUCAAGUUCUCAAAUUUCAAACUCCCCUUCAGGUGUUCACUGCUGCAUGUUCUCCUUCUACUGUUAAUCAUCUUCCUCCUCGAGUGUUUGGUUGCAUUAGUUUUGUGCAUCUUCAUCAUAGUGGUAAGCUUGACCCUCAUUCCCUCAAAUGUAUUUUUCUUGGCUACUCUGCCACUCAAAAAGGGUACAAAUGUUAUCAUCCUCCGUCCAAAAAAUUCUUUGUUACUAGAGAUGUUACUUUUCAUGAGGAACAUGCUUAUUUCUCUCAUCUUAGUUCUGAGACUUCUCUUCAGGGGGAGAAUAUAAGUAGUGAAGAUAAGUCUUAUGGUGUGCCAAUGUUUGAGUUGGAAAAAAUUGAACAAAAUGAAAGUGAAAAAAUGAUACUGGAAGAGAAGGCAAUUCCUUGA